GUAAUUCCGUAAAUUUUAUUUAAGAAAAGAAAGAAAAACAAUAAUUGUAGAUUGUUAAUUAAUUUCAUGGUUAGUCCAAGUAGAAGUAUAUAAUAUAUGUUUAAUGGACCAACAUAUUUCUUUAGAGACUUUAAGAAACAUUUUAUUGAUGACACGUGUCAAAGUUAAAAUGUUGUAAUGCUUAUCUUUUAAUAUAUAGAUGAUUAUCUAAUAAUUCCAAUAACUCUUGAUAAAUAUUAUGAGUGAAAUCUUUGUUUUCCAAUAAGGAGAAAUUUGAAAGAGUUUUAAUAAAUGAUUAAUUCAAUAAUAGUGGAUUUGAUAGAACUUUUAUAAAUACUAAGAGGAGAUUUGAACAAAAACUAGAAUUUUCUUAAAUCAUAAGCCUCCUAUAAGCCCCCUUUGUUCCUAUCUCUUUUUGGUCACCAUUCCAUUCCAGAAAAUGCUUUUAAAGAUAACAAUCACAACAUUCCAAAUGUAGAAAAGUCACAAUCUCAACAUUCUAAACCUGCUUCCACCUAACAAAAAACAAUUGCCUUCUCGUAGUUUACUCCAAAUACAAAGGGUGUAAUAUAACAGAAACACUCGACACUUUACCGAACACACACAUUGCCUUCUCUUCUAAAUAAGUUCAAUCUUCCUAAUCUCUCUCUGUCUCUCUCUGACAACAGAGAGACUCUUCACGUGCCAAACAAAAAAAAACUGAGCACCUUCCUCUCGCCAUGGCCACGGACUCCGUCAAGCACGUGCCUACAUUCGGCGGGGCAGCCAUCUCCGCCGAAAUGAAAAGCUUCUUCUCCGCCGUGCCUACUUUUGUCUACGCCUUCGUCGUAACCUUUGUUGCCUUCACUGUUUACUUAGCCUUCGCCCCUUCUCUCAUCACUGUCUCUAAUUCAGUUUCUUCCUAUAUCCUCCCUAAUGUCAGUGCCGUGACUUCAGCGUCCAGUAACAUCACAUUACAAGCAACCACGCCGGAAAGUCUCACUCCGGCUGUUAUAAACACAACCUUUGAGCCUCCCCUAGGUAAUGAAACAAACCCACUUUCUAGAAACAACGCUUCACGGGAUCAUGCAAGUGUACACUUAUGUCCUAACAACAAUACUGCUCGAAAUUCGGACAAACAAGCACCUCUGUCCGUGAAUUCAAGUGCUUCUUCUCCGAUGAGAAAACAAAGUAGGAAGUCAGGGGCUAAACGAGAGAUCAAGUCUCUGAAGGACUGCAAUUUUUUCGAAGGAGAAUGGGUCAAAGACGAAUCCUACCCGCUUUACAAACCCGGCACGUGUAAUCUCAUCGACGAACAGUUUAGCUGUUUAACCAACGGAAGACCAGACGUUGAGUUUUACAAACUGAAGUGGAAACCUAAAGAAUGCACUUUACCAAGGCUGAACGGAGGCAAGUUGCUGGAGAUGAUUAGAGGAAGAAGGCUCGUGUUCGUUGGAGACUCGCUGAAUAGAAACAUGUGGGAGUCUUUGGUUUGUAUUCUUAAAGGAUCAGUUAAAGAUGAGAGACAAGUCUUUGAAGCUCAUGGAAGGCAUCAGUUUCGUCGGGAAGCUGAGUACACUUUGGUCUUCAAAGAAUAUAAUUGCACUGUGGAGUUCUUUGCGUCUCCUUUCUUGGUUCGAGAAUGGGAAGUUACGGAUAAGAGCGGGACGAAGAAGGAAACUUUGCGUCUAGAUAUGAUGGGAAGCUCAUCAAAGCAGUACAUAGGAGCGGAUGUACUUGUGUUCAAUACCGGAGCUUGGUGGACUGAUGACAUAACAUCCAAAGGUGAGGAUUAUUUUCAAGAAAGAAGCACUGUUUACCCGAAACUCAACGUUGAUGAAGCUUUUAGAAAAGCAUUGACUACUUGGGGUCGAUGGGUUGAUAAGUAUGUGAAUCCAAAGAAGUCUCUUGUCUUCUUCCGCGGAUUCUCCCUGUCACAUUUCAGUGGUGGGCGAUGGAAUGCGGGAGGGGCGUGCGAUGAUGAAACAGAACCGAUCAAGAACGAGGCAUACCUAAUGCCUUACCCUUCCAAGAUGGAGAUUCUUGAAAGAGUUCUAAGGGGAAUGAAGACACCGGUCACGUAUCUCAACAUCACGAGGUUAACAGAUUACAGGAAGGAUGCUCACCCGUCUGUUUAUAGGAAACAGAAAUUUACUGCAGAAGAAAGCAAAUCACCGUUGUUGCACCAAGACUGCAGUCACUGGUGCCUCCCAGGUGUACCUGAUUCUUGGAACGAGAUUCUCUAUGCCGAGAUGCUGGUAAAGCUCGACCAGCUCCGUGGCAACAGACGGCGGAAACCUAAAGGGCUACUAUAGGAGGAGUUAAAUCAGAUUUUUGUUUUAGAUGAAAUACACUAUAUAUAUUUUCAAUGGAUGAAAAGAAAAGAAACACUUAGAAGCAAUUAUAUGUUUUCAAAGGCAUAGAGAAAGUAAGAGGUGAGAAUCAUAUUAGUGCCUUGCUCAUCACUUUUCUAGUUUUUAGAUUGUAAAUGGUUAAUUUUUAUUUUACUCAAUUUAAUAGUAAAGGUUUGUCAAAUCAUAACUGAACCGGAAAUGGAAGCAAU